AUGGCCCAGCUUGAGCGUAAACAUGUCUCGCGGUUGGUCCCGGCGGAUCACAGGGUGCUCAUGCCCCUGCUUCUUGCCGUGACCAUUGUCAACUCGGCAACUCUAGGAUACGACUCGUCCGUCAUGAACGGCCUGCUCAUCCUCCCAUCAUACUCCGAAUAUUUCCACCUCACCGCUGCAACUGAGGGUCUCAACAACGCAGCCAUGUGGAUGGGAGGCAUCCUCGGUGCCUUUCUCAUGCAACCUAUUCCUGACUACUUUGGUCGUCGUCGUGCAAUCCUUAUCGCCUCGAUUGUUACUAUUGUUGGCAUCAUCUUACAGGGCGCCUCGCAGAAUAUUGGCAUGUUUGUUGUCGCCCGGAUCAUCGUGGGAAUUGGCUCUGCCAUCAGCAACGGUGCGGCCCCAACCUUACUCGGCGAGCUCCUACCGCCUAGACGGCGUGCCCGGAUACUCGGUCUCUUCUUCUCAUGCUACUACGUCGGGAGCUUAGCCUCGUCUAUUGUGAACUACGGCAGUCAGAACAUCAACAGCACAUGGGCCUGGCGGUUACCUUCACUCCUGCAGGUUGGCCCUAGUCUACUGGCCAUUAUUAUCGUGCCUUUCGUUCCAGAGUCCCCUCGCUGGUUGAUCACGCAUCAGCGGAGCGACGAGGCACUUGAAGUUCUAAUUAUCAUGCAAGGCAAGAACAAGACGGAUGUGCAGAAGGGCAGCCAACAACUUCGAGAGAUCAGAGAUACCCUCGUUCGCGAGGCGGAAGAAUAUCCGCGUAACCCCUGGAGGGAGAUCGUUUCGACAAAGGGCAAUAGGCGGAGACUGGCUAUCCUGUGCACUUUCGGUCCGAUGAUCAACAUGUUUGGCAACUUCAUCAUCUCAUUCUACCUGACGAAGAUCCUCAGCCAGGCCGGCAUCACGGACACAGUCACCCAGACUCAAGUCCAGGUCAUCAUCAACUGUUGGUCCUUUGCCGUCGCAAUACUGGGAAGUUUCAUGCUGGACAUUCUUGGCCGCAGAGUACAAAUGUUUAUCGGUGUGAGCGGGAUGGUUGCCACGCUGCUCUUGAUUGGAGGUCUUAUCAAACGUAUUUCCCUCUUUCCCAUUGUUCUACGCGUACCAAAUACUGAUAUCAAUCACCAAGGCUACGGAUCAAGCACCAACACCUCCGGGAUCUACGGUACCAUUGCCGUCAUUUUCCUCUUUCAAGGCUUCUACGCAUUCUCAGUUACGCCAAUGACAAGCCUCUACCCAACGGAAGUGUCACCAUACAAGCUCCGUACGGCUGGUAUCGCUAUCUUCCGAAUGCUGGAUUCUGGGUUUGGCCUCCUCGCUUCCUUUGCCAUGGCCUAUGCAAUGGCAGACCUAGGAUGGAAAUUCUACUUCAUCAAUGCUGCCUGGGACUUUGUCUUUCUAUUCAUUGCAUACUUUACGUUCGUUGAGACAAAGGGGCUUAAGCUUGAAGAAAUUAAUGCUAGAUUCGAGGGGACGGAGAUUCUUUCUGGGGUUGUUGAUGACUCUUCUUCCGGGAGUUGUGGGAGGGAUACUAAGGAUGGCUGUAUUGUUUCUGAUAAGCCUAUGAAGGUGUAG